UAUUGUAUUGUAUUGUUGUGAUCAUCGAUUUGAUAGAUGUAAAAAUGUUCUAGAGAGGAUCUCUUGUAUUUUACUUACCUAGUUAUAGUUAUGUGAUUUUAUUUUAUACGUCAAUGGUUGUGAUUGUGUUUAUAUCUACUUACACACAAAGAAAAUUGUUUCAGAUGUUAAACAAUGUCCUUACAAACUACUUAUCCUGUUAUUAAAGGGUUGUGUAGAACUUGUUUAGCAAAGGAAAUAGAACUGCUUUCAGUUUUCGACUACAAAACGUCGAAUACUAGACUCGACAGCGUAAUCGCUUCAAUAACUGGAAUAAAGAUAAAGCAAGAAGAUGGACUACCAACAACAAUAUGCAAAGAUUGUAAAGAGAAAGCGACCAAAGCAUAUGACUUCAAGAUUCAUGCACAGAAAUCUCAAAAUAAAUUGGCUAAGAUUUUGAAAAAGGGCUCUGAUGACAUACUUAGAGAUGAGGAAUUUACUAUUGACGUAGAUCAAAAAGAUGUGAAGGUGGAACAAUUCAUACCAGAUAAUCAAGAUGAGGAGGAUUUUGACAUCUCUCUACCCUUUGAUGGGACUGAAGACUCUUAUGAAACAGAUAAUGUGAUUAAAACGGAAGUAAAAUGUGAAAUGGACAGUUCAAAAGAAAAUGUGAAAGUUAAUGUAGUAUUUGACGAUGAAAGUGAGAAAAAUAGUUCAUAUUGCCCAGUGUGCAAUCAAAAUUUUCCUGAUGUUGACACCCUUACUGAUCAUGCGUGGACAGUUCACGCGGACCUGAUGGGCCCAAGAAAGCGAGGCCGCAAAAAGAAACUUACAAGCACCUUCUUACAUAAAUUGACGGAGAAUGGAUUGAAUUUGAAACAGGAUAAGAAUCCGAAACAGAAAUGUAUAUUUUGUAUUAGCACUUUUAGGACCAAAGAUGAUUUAGUUUCACAUGUACCAGAGCAUAAAGAUGAGAAGAUAUUCAGCUGUAUGCUUUGUAAGAUGCUGUAUCUGACAAAAAAAGAUUUUGAACGCCACAAGUGUCUGGAACAGCAUAACAAUUUGGAAGUUCUUUCUGAUCCCGAGUUGGAAGAUAAAAGGAAAGAAAUAAGAAAACAUGAAUUGUACACAGAAAUGCGUUUACAAGAGUUAUUCAAGAAAAAUAUUGCUGAGCACCGGCAACCCGGCCUGGUCACUGUGUGCAAUUCGUGUGGUGGCUUAUUCGGCUCUGAAGAUCAGUUCAACCGGCAUCGUGAUCGGGAACACCCCGAGCUUUCUGUUCGCUGCCAACUUUGUGAUAAGGUGUUUGCGACAUUGAAAAGCGCCUCUCGCCAUCGAUCUGCCUGUGAGCGAGUCGAGCGGCUGUUUGCGUGCUCAUCCUGCGAGAUGCGAUUUACGCACGAAGUGACGCUCAAUAAACAUAUCCUACGAGUGCACACCGGCCAGAGCGUCUCCCUCCAAUUCUUAGAUCGCGAGCAUGGACCGCAGAACUACAAGUGCGAGACUUGCUCUAGGACCUUUGCUAGUAAAGCUUUACUCGAGAGACACACGAGAUCACAUAAAACUGGAGAAAAAGUUUUUGAAUGUGACACUUGCAAAAAAAAGUUCACUAGACGAGAGAACUUGAGGCAACACAUGCGCAUUCACGAAGGAAAAACUUAUACGGAAGGCAGCGGUUCUCUUUGCUUGUAUUGCGGAAGAAGCUUCGCGAAUUCCUCCAACUACAUCGUGCAUAUGCGCCGGCACACGGGCGAAAAGCCAUAUAAGUGUGACUUCUGCGGAAAAGGCUUUUGCCGGUCAUCGGACUUGCAGUGUCACCGCCGCUCGCACACUGGAGAGAAACCUUGCGUGUGUCGCGAAUGUGGUAAAGCGUUCUCAAGGAGUAAUAAGCUGACGAGACACAUGCGCGUGCACACCGGCGUGAAACCGUACAAGUGUACGUAUUGCGAAAAGGCGUUCGCACAAAGCAACGAUCUCACGCUGCACGUCCGCCGCCACACCGGCGACAAGCCGUAUGUGUGCGAACUGUGUGGCGAUCGGUUCAUACAGGGCACUGCACUCCAUGCACACAGAAGGUCUCACGGGCAUUACCCACCGCCCGCCCCACCGCAGCAGCCACCACUUACCUAUACCAUAUAAGAUAUCACACAUUGUCAACAAAUACAUAAAAUCGGCCAAGUGCGAGUCAGACUCGCGCACCGAGGGUUCCGUACUCGGGUAUUUUUUCCGACAUUUUGAACGAUAAAUCAA